AAAUCAACUCGCGAGAAUCACAGUUGAUUUUUGAUCUGGUAUGUCAUUCACCGGCAUCUCUUUCAUCGGCAGUGGCAGACUGUCUGGUCGAUCUACCCCAGCCACCACGGCCUCCCUCGUCACUGACAGCGGAUACCACCUCCUUGUGAUCGAUGGGUACUCGCGCACCAGAGAGACCACCCCGAAUGGCUACUGGAUAGAGUCUCCCCCUUUCAGAGUCGGUGGCCAUCGCUGGUGUAUCCGGUACUAUCCCAAUGGCAGUGUCCAAGAGAUCCUGUGUUGGGGUUCUGCUUUCAUGAAAAGAAAUGAACUGGAGAAAUCAAAACUUCUCAAGGAUGACAGUCUCACCAUAAAGUGCGACAUCAUGGUCACCAAGGAUGUCGAUAUCAAUAGAACUGGAGCUAACACUGCCCCUUUUGUGGUGGUGACAGCAUCGGACAUGAUCCAACAUCUCAGCAGUCUCCUUCAGUCUACAGAGGGGUCAGAUGUGACAUUUGAUAUCGGCGGAGAGAUCUUUGCUGCACACCGAUGCGUACUUGCCUGCAGGUCAAUGGUCUUCAAGGGGCUGCUUCUUGGCUCCAUGAAUGAGGGCACGACGGCAGGUGUCGUACGCAUAGAUGACAUGGAGGCACAAGUGUUCAAGCUCCUCCUUGGGUUCAUUUACAGUGACUCGGUGCCUGAGAAAGAAGCAUAAGACGAUGAUGUCAUGUGGCAGCACUUGCUUGUGGCGGCAGAUAGAUAUGAUCUCCUGAGGCUGAGGCUGAUCUGUGAACAAAAGUUAUGUACAUACAUUAACACGACUACAGCAGCAACGAUUCUUGCGCUAGCUGAGCGGCACCAUGGCCGAGGGCUCAAGGAUGCUUGCUUGGACUUCCUUACUAGGGCUCAUGCCAAUCUGCAGGAGGUAACGGUGCUUGGCGGCCUGGACCACCUAGCAAGCACCUGCCCUUUAGUCCUCAAAGAGCUCAUUAUCAAGCUUGUGUCACCUAAUAAGAAGGCUAGGAUUGAUGUCAACACAGCAUUUGUCACGGUGCCGGCAUCUGAUAUGCACCAGCAUUUCACUCACCUCCUCCAGUCUGGUUAGGACACCGAUGUUGUAUUUGAGGUCAGCGGAGAGAAGCUCCAUGCACACCGCUGCAUUCUUGCAGCCAGGUCAGCAGUUUUCAGGGCUGAGCUUUUUGGCCCCAUGAAGGAGGGCACCACCACUGGUGUCAUACACAUAAACGAUAUGGAAGCCAGAGUGUUCAAGUUGAUGCUUACUUUCAUUUACAAUGACUCGAUGCCAAACAUUAACGAAGAGGAAGACAUGGAGGAGGACGAGGAGAAGGAUGACGACGUGGAUGACAUAGAAGUGAUGUGGCAGCACUUGCUUGUGGCGGCAGAUAGAUAUGAUCUCCAGAGGUUGAGGCUGAUGUGUGAAAACAAGUUGUAUGGGUACAUCAACGCAACCAAGGUGGCAAGCAUCCUUGAGCUAGCUGAGCAACAUCAUUGCCGAGGGCUGAAGGAGGCAUGCUUGGAUUUUCUGAACUUCCCUUUAAUUAAUCUUCAACAAGUCAUGGCGGCCGGCGGCCUCAGCCACCUGAGUAGUAGCUGUCCCUCUGUCCUGAUAGAUCUCAUUGCCAAGCUUGCAUACCUGAAGCCACCUGACGAACUCUAAUAAUUUGACAGAGUAAGCUAUAUCUACUCUUAGAUGACGUUGAUCAAUGUACCAGAGGACCCAAAAUGAUACAGUAGUAUAACAGUGUGUCGCUGUUCAGAUCCCUUUGUCUUUUAUUGUGCCGUGGCUCGUGCCUGAGUUUUUGUGCUGUUUCGUUGGCUGGUUCCAGCUUCCAGUCCUAGCUGUUGUAGUUCCUUGUCUUCUGGAAGUAGUACUUGCUCCAAACCAAACACCACCGAAGUAUGUCAUUUUUAAUAUCUGUAUAUAUUGUACUUAAGCUCUCGUUUAGGUCUUAUUUGGCUGGGCUUCUCUUCGGCUUUGGCUCCGG